UCGAAUGGAUAGAAGUGUGGAGAAAAAUCAAACCUGAUUCCACCAAGCCAACUUUGAGGCAAAUAAUUAGCUAUUCGGCCAUGCAUUACCACUUUGAACGUAACUCAGAGGACCCUUGAGCAUUGUCUUAAUGGCAUCUACAAAUCGUUGCGUCGGCCUUGGACCUUGGGGUCACUUCCUGUGGUUACUACUCUCUGUGUUGUUGUGGCUGUUGUUGUGGGCCAAUUCUUGUGUGUUGUCAGCGGAGCUCUGUGUCACUGUACCCACUCAGGAUGGCACUUCAAGGUCAGAACGGUGUCAAUUUCCAUUUCGGUACAAGGACCAAACCUUCAACUUGUGCACAGUUGAGGACGACGUGGAUGGGCGGCCGUGGUGUUCCACUCGAGUGGAUGAAGAACACGUUCACGUCAGUGGAUCAGGCCAUUGGGGUCAUUGUGACUUGCGAGUCUGUUCUUUCACCUCUAUUCAAUCAGCAAACCAAGAGCAACAAUGUAAAACAAUAGCAGGUCCUCAACCCAUGCGUCCUUGUGUGUUCCCGUUCCAAUAUGAAGGAACAAUCUAUAACACAUGUGUGAGCGAAGAAACGGGAUCAAGAACUUGGUGCUCGACCGAUGUGACUGAAGCCAAUGUUCAUAUCCAAGGGUCCUGGGGUGUUUGUGAUCCACGCGUGUGCCCAAAACCAGACGCGUUCCGCACAUCAGAGCAAAUGCCAGUGGAGCGAGCAGUGCCAUUUGGCAUUGAUGAGUACGGAGACGGAGGCGGAGGCAGUGCCCUAGAGCCUGAUGAUGGAACAAUCGAGGAUAUCCUUUAUUCUCGGGGGACAGACGACUACGACGACAACGACGACGAUGACAGUUUUGAUGACUUUGAGAUUGAUGACAAAGACACCGAGGAGUACACAGGCGAUGGAUACGACAACGUGGGAGGCGGCGACUUUGAUACUCAGAGCUUCGGCUCCUAUUGUACGACGAAAUCGGGACCCCGACCACAUCAAAUCUGUGUGUUCCCUUUCAUCUUCAAUGGCAAGUCCUACGACAAGUGCACGACGUUCUCUGAUCCUAACAACGAGUCCUGGUGCUCCACUUUGGUGGACUCCACCGGAACCCACAUCACGGGGAAUUGGGGCUAUUGUUCAUGUCGAGACAAUCCCACUUCCCUCCAGAGCUGCAAUGACAAGCCCAUUAAUGAGAUCAACCUACCCACUUCUGGCACAUUUCUACCCAAUUUGAAAGAUUGUGGGGAUUCGGCCGAGGUCGGGAGAAUCGUCGGUGGUGACACCACGCAGCUGGGUGAAUUCCCAUUUCCCGUGUUGUUGAGUUACAGUCGAACCCAGCGUAAAUUCAGUUGUGGCGGGUCGUUGAUCAACACGCGCUAUGUUCUGACAGCUGCCCAUUGCUUGAGACGAGUGGAACCCGUGGAGGCUCUCAUUGGCGAUCAUGAUUUAAGGAAGCCAUGUGAUUGCAUGGAUGAAAGCGAGUGUGCCGCCUUUCCUCAAAGGAUCCCCAUCGAGAAAGUUAUAUCUCAUCCGCAAUACGCCUCUCGUCGGUCGGGAUAUAAUGAUAUCGGUCUUCUCCGACUUUCUCAACCUGCGCGACUCUCGCAAACGGCUCAGUUAGUUUGUCUGCCAUUGGAUCCCAUCUCGACCGCCAAGUUUUUGCACGUUCAAAACUUGCACGAGGAUCUUCUGCAAAAACAGAGCACCUUGGUAGGCUGGGGUCGAACAUCAGCCACAUCCUCGCCUGACAAUCAG